CGAUACGCACUUAAAACUGAAGAGUUUGGGGUUUAAAUAAUUACUCUUCGGCUCAGUUUGGUGAUUUACCAACACGCUGCACUGUUUUGCCUUUAAUGAGCCAUAAAAGCCUCAAAUAUGAACAGAAAUGGGCUUCAGUGAAGCACAGCUGUUAGCCUAUCUGGCUAAGAUAGCUAGUCACAGCUCUGGCAGUGUCAGUUCAGCCCAUUUGAUUCCAUUCACUGUCAGAAUACUUCAGCUAACAGAGCUAGUUAGCUUAGGUACAUGGCCCAGGCGAAGCAUGCAGAGGCCCGAGAGCUGAUGUACAACGGAGCCCUGUUGUUCUUCAGCUACAACCAGCAAAACAGUGCAGCUGAUCUGUCCAUGCUGGUGCUAGAGACAUUAGAGAAAUCUGAGGCCAAAGUAGAAGAAGACAUAUUAGAGCAUUUGGUUAAACUCUUUAGCUUAAUGGAUCCAAAUUCACCUGAGAGGGUGGCAUUCGUGUCCAGGGCACUAAAGUGGUCCACAGGGGGCUCGGGCAAGCUGGGCCACCCCAAACUACACCAGCUGCUUGCAGUCACACUCUGGAAAGAACAAAACUACAGUGAGUCACGCUACCACUUUCUGCAUUCCUCCGAUGGUGAGGGCUGUGCACAGAUGCUGGUGGAAUAUUCGGCCGCCAGGGGCUUCCGCAGCGAGGUGGAUAUGUUUGUUGCUCAGGCAGUCUUACAGUUCCUCUGCCUAAAGAACAAAACUAGUGCAUCAGUGGUCUUCACCACAUACACACAGAAGCACCCAUCCAUAGAGAAAGGUCCUCCUUUUGUGCAGCCUCUUCUCAACUUCCUCUGGUUCCUCCUCUUAGCAGUGGACGGUGGGAAGCUGACAGUCUUCACAGUGUUAUGUGAACAGUAUCAACCGUCACUGAAGAGGGACCCCAUGUAUAAUGAGUAUCUGGACAGAAUAGGACAGCUGUUCUUCGGCAUACCACCAAAACAGUCAUCGUCAUACGGUGGACUACUAGGUAAUCUCUUGAACAGUCUAAUGGGUUCAGGUGAAGAAGAGGAGGGAGAGGAGGCUCAGGAGAACAGCAGCCCCAUUGAGCUGGACUGAAAAUUGUCCCUCUACAACUGGAGGCGAUGUCGUCCUUUUCAAAACUAGCCUCCUGACUUCUCCACCAUCCCAAAAAAAAUAAAAAAGGCACCAAAUCAGAUUAUUCCCUUCUCCACCAUCACUGAGAAACCAACAACCCAACCCAAAACUGAAACUCGCUCUCAGCGCAUUCAGGACUGACUCAGAACAGAAACUUUCUCCUUCUUCAGCCAGAUUGGGGAGGCGUCCUGCAGCUUGAGUGGCUGCGUUUUACGGGAUCUUCUCCCUAUUUUUCUUUUUCUUGUUUUGUUUUUUUGCUCUCUCCUUUCGUAGUUUUAAGAAGAGGGUGCCAGUGUGUUGACCAUAAUGGACUUGUUUUUUUCCCGUGUCAAAAAAAAUGAGGGGAAAACAGAACCCAAAUACAUUUCCAUUAACUCACUGAAUUCUGGGAAAUGUAGUCCGUUAUUUAAGAUGGCCGAACCCAGACUCCUGCUCAUGUCCAGCCACGACGAGUGAAAGUAGUUAAUUAAUUAUGUUGCUUAUGGAAGUAACAGAAUUACUUUUAAACCAUUCUAAUGUACUUUGAUAAGUCUCAGUAUGCUACACCAGAGGUGGUGAGCAGCUCCACCGUGUCUCGUCUUACAGGAGAGGUGUUUGCUGUAUUUUUAUGUUCUGGACUGACUUCACCGCCACUACUCCCGUUAUUACUGUGUGCGUGCGUGCACGUGUGCAUGCAUGCGUGCGUGAGAGAGUGUGUAUGUGUGUGUGUGCAUAUAUGUUGGAGUCGGAUGUCAAGACUUUAGCUUGCUGUCCGUAGUAUGCUGCUCACCUUUGCAGUCUGAAGCAGGUGUUUGUUCUUUUUUUUUCGUCUUUGCUGAACAUUGGAAGAGGUCAAUAAUAAUAAAAAAAAAACUGGUUGAAA